CCCCAGGCCAGCAGCGGCCGGAACGCCACCCCCACAACACACGUUCAGCGGGUUCAGCGCGUGGUCUGAGAGGUUGAAUUUUGAUAAUCUUCAUCAUGGGGGUAAAGAAACUUAAACGGAAAGCAUCUGAAGAUGUACCAGAUGUAUCAGUGUCAAAGGAGACUGCCAUCUCUUCUAUAUCAGAACCUCCAAAGAAGAAACACAAGGGGCUUUCCACUGAAGAAUUCAUUGCCGCUCUGAAAGGGUCCGAUGGACCUGAAGCUGUACGUGAAUGGCUGUACAUGAUUUCAAGUGAAUGGGAGAAAUCUCUUAUGGACCGGACGUUGAACAGACUGAAACCUGAAAGGCAAGCUCAAAGAGAAUACAACAAACUGCAAUCGACAGAGAAGAAUGACAGUGAAGAGAAAAGUGAUGAAGUUGACAACUUGACUCCUACUGAAAAAGAUGAAGAGAAGGAUGAAGAAAAGGGUUUUGAGAAGGAGAAAAAUGAAACAGAGGAUUUGGUUACAAAUGAGUGUGCUGAGCACAUUGAUUGUUUUCUUACCUCUGGAGGUUCUGUCAAAGACAUCAUUGGCACUUUGCCUUCGCCUGAAUUUUUUGAAAAGGUUUCUCAAAUUCAAUACAUUUUCCGUACCCUCUUCAAAGUUCUUGUCAGAAUAUCUGCCAGCCAUCGUGACAAAGUGCCUGAAGCAGUUGAAGCCUGUCGAGAACUGCUGGAUUCUUAUUUACAAGUAAUUAAUAAUAUUUUAAAACGCCAACGUGAGCCGCAUUUCUGUUUGGAUCUUCUCACAGCUAUGGUGGCACUAGAUACAAAAUUUGCCAAAGAAAUAUUACAGAAAGUAACUCUGGACGAAGAAGUUGUUGUAAAUUUAACAUCUUUACGAGCUCCACUGAGGUCUCGAGUUGCUUAUCUCAAAUUACUUGUUGCUCUUCUAAUUGAUGCUGACAGUAGCUUGCUGUUGGCUGUCUCACAAAUGCCUUGGAUACUUACCUGUGUCAUGGAAGGCUUGUUAUAUGACCCAUCUAACAUUGUAGUGAUGUACCUCAUGACAAUUAAGAAGGCUAUUGUUGAGAAAUCAUCUGUUUUUAAAACAUCAAAAGUUAACAUUUUCAACCCGAACACAAUAAUUUCAUUGCUGCAUCUGUACAAGUGGAAAGGACCUCAAAACAGACCCAAGACAAAAUCACUUGCCCCCUGGGCAAUGAAAAAUAUUAAAGAAAAGCCUAAGAUGGAGAAUGAAAUUGACAGUGAAGAAGCUGGCCUUGUCUCCUCUGCAGUUCAUGAACUUUUGCUUGUGCUUUUGACUUCCCACCGUUAUGGAAUAAUCUUUGGAGGCACACAGCAAACUGACCGCAAUAAUCGAUUGGUAUCCAAUGUUUUAAAGAGAGUUGGUCAUCCGUGGGGAAAUCCUAAAGUUGCGGAUCUUAUAUCCAAGACUUUAGCAGCUUGUCCAGACUCAUUGGAUGAUACUAUGAAUUCUAUUCGUCCGUUCAUUCAACCAAGAUCAUCACCUCAAUGGUUCCUAUGUGCUAAAUUUCUCUGUCAGGUCCUUGAGGACCAGCACCCAGAGGAGGUUUUGUUGCGUCAACUCCCAAUGUCAGCAAUGAAGUUAUCUACUGCUGCCAUUAACAUGUGCAUUCCUAUUCCUGUUGUGCGUGCUUUGAAUGCCCGUGAAGCAGAGGUAUCUUGCAAGGAAAACAUCGAUGUUGCUAAAUCAUCAUUACAACUCUUGUUGUCCAUGCUCCGAAAGGCUACUGCCUUUUGUGAUGUUGUUCGCAAGUGGAGCUCUGAAAAAAUUUUACACUAUGCUCAAUCAGCAGCUUUCCUCAACCUUUUCACAAAAUGUAUACUUGAGAAUGUUCCCAGUCUUGAUUCCCUUCAGAAGGCAUGGCAGGUGUGGAGCAGUAAACUGUCUGAAUCUGAUAGUAUGGAAAUUGAUGGUGAAGCAACUACUAGACCAGUAGAUGUGUUGUCUCUCCUUUUGGAAGUCUUGGAAAUGUAUCAGAGACUUUGUCCAAAAAUUUUGAAUCCAUUACAUUCUGCCCAGUCUGAUUUCAAGACAUCUUUGACUAAUGUUGUACUGCAGGAUCACUCCUCAGAAGAUAUUGCGUUGCUUCGCAAUCGCUUCUUUCAACUGCUUCUCUCUAUCCAAGAUGUAAACUUUGUUGUGGAAAAUAAUGAGCUGAGAAAUGUUAUUACAAUUGUAUUUCAAGAUUUGAUCAGCCCCAACCCCAUUGUCGGUAGCAUGGCUUCUCUUGUACUCCAGAGAUUGAUCAAAAGGUCUAGAUCUUUGGAAGGUUCUUCUCAUGAGGCCAUUAUAUGGUUAUCAAAUUUUCAAGAAACUGCAUCCGGAAAGAAAGAAUGUUCAGAAGCAGUUAACAUUCUUGUUGAGAGUAUGAUACGUGCCUGUGUUUCAUGCCCCAAAUAUCUUGACAUAAUUGCUUGUGCUGAGGAUGAAGCUGGAAAAAUGAUGUACAAGCAUUGUCCAUCUACAUUAGCACUCUCAGACGGAAGAACACUGCAGGAGCUGUUUGAUGAUCUUUCAGAAAACAAAGAUGCAUUGCCUUGCGAUGACAUGGCCCACUCUGCAAAGCUCAGCCCAUGGCUUCCUGCCUUCCUAGAAGUUCUUAGGGAGAACAUAAAUGGAAAGAAAUUGAAACGGCAUCAAAAACAGGUUGUUCAAGACUUCUGUUGCAAGGUAGUUUUACGCUUGCUUUGUCGUUUUCCACACUCUGGAGCAUUUCUGCAUCUGGUUUUGCAUACCUAUCCUAAUGUCAUUCCUUCUAAAUUGGCUAAUUACCUGCAAUCAUGGCUUCCUGGCGGCAGUCCCCAACCAGUUGAGCUGAAUGUUCUUGGGGAGAAUAGUGCAGAAGUUAAAUUGAGUACCUUUUUGUUCUGUGAAAACGAUGAUUCUUCUUUACAAGACACCAUCAACAAAAUGUUUAUUAGUCUUGCUCUUCCUACAAUGCAUGACAACCCUAAAGAAAAUUUAUCAGAGGCUGAAAGGUUGAAAGGCUCCUAUGCUGUUAUUCAAGUAGUUCAUUUUAUUUGUUUUCAUUUAAUGCAACUAACUCAAUUAGAGAAAUUGACUGAGGGUUGCGUACUUAGAUCUCAAGAAAUACUUCUAUUCAUACUUGACACCGCUACACAUUUUGACCAGUUUGGAAAGAAAAGAAAUGCAGGACUGUUCAUUGACUGCUUCAAGGUCAUUCUCUUUCAUCCAUUCCUAUACCAACAAUUUAACCCUCUUGUCAAGGGCAGGACUAAGUCCUCUGCAUUAUUGACAAAUCUGAUGAUGAAAGUGUUAAAAAAAGCAUCAACAUGUUCUGAACUUGGGCCCAACAUUUUGCCCUUCAAAAGGAAAUUUUUAGAGGGACUCAAACUUACAACACAUGAGAAAGACCCAAAGGAAAACAUCACCAACAUGGUGGAUUCUUUCCAACUCACAUUUCAAGAUAUAUCUGAUACUCUGGUCUUAAUAUCAGACCUUUCAUGCUCAACUUUCAUUGUUGGUACUAAAGAAAAUCAAAAACUUUCUCAGUGGGUGCAAUUAGCAGAGCACCUACUUACUCGAGCAUCUGAACUUCGGACUAAAGGCAGCCCUAAUGUCAGUGAAGUCAUGAUAUUGCCACCCUCUGUAGUGCUGCAAAUAUCAAACUGGAUUGUGUAUUUUCUUCCAAAUGAGAGCAUUGAUGUGACAUCCCUACUUGAAGCUUUCAUGCUCUAUAUAAAAUCGUGUCCUCAACAGACAUGUCAUUUAAGUGACCAACUGUUCCCAUGUAUUCUGACCACAUUCCGAUGCAAUGCUGCAGUUAAUAACCUUCUUAGGUGGAUGGCAUCUUGCAUGCCAGUAAAAGAUUUGACAGCCUCAUUAACAGCUACUGUCAAUAGCUACAAGACAAAAGGCUUAGAGGACCACAUGCAUGUUAUUUUGCCGCUUCUCAGAGCUGUUUUGAAGGACAAUUUGGAAAGCAUCAAAAUGCCAGUCUGUGGUAUUGUAUAUUCCCACCUUAGAAGAAGAAUUGAGGACUAUGCUGUUAAAGUGGAUAGGCACCCAGUAUGGUUGCCCAUGAAUACUGAUGUUGUGGUUCUCUUGAUGAAACGUCACAUGAAACAAGCUGAACGAGAAAAAGUGUGCCUGGCUUUGAAAGAAAGAGCUCCGGCUUUGACCAAAGAGAGACUUUACUAUUUGCAGCUCAUUACAGAAGUUUUGCAAAUACAUCAGCCUCAACUGUUGCUAUUACUUCUUGCUUGGCUUGGUGUUGCUUUGAAGAAAUAUGGAAGUGCUUCAGAACAAGCUGUCUUGGCUAAACCUCUGUGUGAGGCUAUAUCAAAAUUUCUGCAGGAAGAAACUCAAGAAGAUUUUAAAUCUGUUGUAGAGAGCAAGGUUUGGCAAGAGACACUGAGAAUAGUCCUGAAGUUUGCACUUGUUGCAAAGGAUGAAGAACAGUCAGAUUUGGCCUGUGUGCUGCUCCAAACUUUAUCUACUGUUUUUCAGAAGAUGUACUCUCCUCAAGAAGGCCAUGAACAUGUACCCAUGGUUCAUAGCAUGAUCAUUCAGCAUUCUGAAUAUAUUAGACUUAUGUUGAGCCACAAUCCAUGUAAAUUUGACCUCAUUCAGUUUCUCUAUAUUCUUCUUGAACGAAACCCAAAAAUUAUGGAAAGUUCCCAUGCACCUGUUUUGCUUUCUGCAUAUAAUGCAUCUGUUAGCAAAACUGAUAGAGCUUUGCUCAAAAUCUUGAUGAUGUACGAACAGUGUGGAGUUGAUCUCUCUCAGUACCGGCCUUUCUAUUGGGGCCGUCAAGGUGCUGAUUAUUAUGCCAUAUGGUCUCAGGCAAAGGUCAAUAGGUCGCUGGAUAAGCAGCUGAGACCUGAUCAACUUCUUAACCAUUUAAAAGAAAGUAUGGUAAAUGAAACCAUUGCUAAUUUUCCCCUUCAUUCCACUUUUAAGAUUACAGAUGCAGAGACAAAAUUUGUUGGCACUGUGCAAGUCUAUGACCCAUCAUUUUAUCUUCCACUCUUCAUAUAUCUUUUGUCUCCAGAGUCACUAGUAGUUUGUCAUACGUUCAUGACAUCUGGAGGGCUAGGCAUCACGCUUGCAGCAUUGUCAAGUUACGAUGAUGAUGUGAGAGCUGCAGCGUAUACUGUUCUUGCUCGCUACCGCUCUCAACUGGAAAUGGCAAGAGGAAUUGGCAAGGAGAUAGCUUUGCAGUUCUUGUCUGUCAUGCAUGAAGGAAUUGUAGCUUUGGACGGUGAAAAUACUCGGCUACCAAGCAUUAUUACCGUAUUCCUUGCCAAGGCCACUUUGCAUAUUGCUGACCCUUUCAGCCCCUUGAAUAAACCCUUAGUUAAAUUUAUUCUUGCUAAGCCAGUUUUAAAUAUGCGAACCAUACCAGAGUUCUUGGAGCUAAUGCAUUCAAGCCAUGUGGACCAUUUAGCUCACCGCCAUUGGAUCUUGGAGGUUGUGAAAGAUGGUAUCAAAUCUGCUUCUGAUGUUGACAUAUGCAUGGAAAUGUUCGUCUUCAAGAUGUUGCUCUCCUUUUAUUCAAGCUGUCUGUGUGACACCAAAAGCAAACUUUUUAUCCUGAGUUGCAUCCAAUCAGCCAUAAGCGUUCAGUAUGGCGCUUGUCGCCUUGUCAGAGAUUACAGUCUUUCAUCAUGGUUACACCAAUCUAUUCUUAGUACAAAAGUAGAAGAUUCAACCCUCAUUGAUACUAUGGUAAGGCUAGUGUCAAAAUUGUGGGAGUCGUUGUCACUACCAUCUAAGGGCAACCCAGGAAUCCCACACCCAGCAAAUCCUGCUGGCACUGUGUUUCGCCUCCUGCUAGCAUUGAAAGAUAAGCUCAAAGCUUCUGUUUCUACUGAAACAUUAUGCCAUUAUGUUAGUUUACUGUCCAAUGUGGUGCCACACCUUAGUGCAGAGAAUUUCUCUGUUUUUACCAAGGACCUUCUAUUGUCAACUUUAGAAACCAUUUCCCCACUCUGCCCCAACAAGCGCCAAUUCUUUGACUUGCUGGAGCUAGGAUGUCAUUUUACAGAUAUUGAUGAUACUAAUAUUGCUAAUUCAUCUCUUGAUAAUUGUUUGAGAACACUGACAAUUCAAUGGAUCAAGCACAGAAAAUCUUAAGAGAAACCUGUCCUUACUUUAAUUAUUUAUCUGACUGUACAUACUGAAAUAUUUAGUCCAAAAAUCAAUUGACAGUUCCAUGAAACAGUUCCUCUGUGAUGGUAAUUUUUUUCCCCAUUAUAAGGCAUGAAGAUUAUAUAAACAAAUCAAGAAAGAAGUUGUAACAAAGACCAUUUAUACAUAAUAAACGAAAAAGAUGA